AUGAGCACCGUUAUUGUUCCCCGAAGCUUCUACCUUUUGGAAGAGUUUGAACAAGGUCUUAAAGGACAUGGCGAUGGUUCAAUAAGUUGGGGCCUUAUCGACUCUGACGACAUGUCUCUUAGCCAUUGGAAUGGCACCAUUUUUGUUCAAAUGCCCAACAAUGACGUGAGAGUGUAUGUAUUGAAAAUUAAAUGCGACGAUAAAUAUCCGGAUUCACCUCCUUCCGUAAAGUUUGUAAGUAAAAUAGUAAUGGACGGUGUUGACAGCCAAACAGGAGUGGUGAACCCGCGCAAAGUCAAGGCCCUCGAUAACUGGAAACGCGGCAUGAAAAUAAAAGACGUUCUUAUUGACCUUAAAGAAAUGGUCAAAUCCAACCCCAUCAAAGAACAGCCGCCUGAAAGUGCCACCUUCCCGUCCUAA